CUGUCAACCAGAAAGCUAGUUACCUGUUGUAAACUCGACUACCAGAAUGUCUUCAGACUUUGAAGCAUACGAGCAGGACUUUGGAACAAUUACCGCAGAAAUAACUAAUAAAAUUGGCCGAAUUCCCAAACUAAGUGGAGAGGAGAAGACACAGCUGGUUCUAAAUGUCGACAAACAGCUUGAAGAAGUCAGAGAGUUGCUGGAGCAGAUGGACCUGGAGGUGCGAGAGAUCCCCAUCCAAAGCAGAGCCAUGUACAACAGCAGGCUGAAGAGCUAUAAACAGGAGAUGGAAAAGCUUGAGAAAGACUUUAAAAGGUCACGCAUUGCCUACAGUGAUGAGGUGCGCAACGAGCUCCUGGGGGAUGAUGCCAGUUCUUCGGAGAGCCAGUUGGUAAAGUUGCGUGAAGAGAGAGCACAUCUGUUGGACAACACAGAGAAGCUGGAAAGGUCAUCACGGAGACUGGAGGCCGGCUACCAGAUAGCAGUAGAAACUGAACAAGUGGGGCAGGAGAUUCUUGCCAACCUGCACAGUGACCGUGAGAAGAUCCAGAGAGCUAGAGAAAGGCUGAGAGAAACAGACGCCAACCUGGGCAAGAGUUCCCGCAUCCUUACCGGCAUGCUGAGAAGGUAAGAGGCAGGAUCAUCCAGAAUCGGGUCCUGGUCUUCAUCCUCGGAGCCAUCAUCCUCCUCACCAUCAUCCUGGCCAUCUAUUUUAAUGUGCGAGGCCACUGAUCUCCCCUGUACGCACAUGCAUAUAUACACACACACACACGCUCCCUCCCCCUAAACGCAAAUACACACACACUCUCUUGUGAUUAAUAGCGACAAAAGCGUUGUUCUGCUGUAAUUAGGACAAAUGGUCCCCAUGAAUCACUAUUUCCAAAGCCUGACAGCAAGCUUUUUUUUUUUUUUUUACCAUUUCUCACUCCUUUUUUUGUUUGCAGUUUCUUUCCCUUUUUUCCCCCGUUCUCCUUCUUCCCUUUUACUCUCUUUUUCUCUUUCACUUUCUUCUUCUCCUUCCCCCCUCCUCCUCUGCCUGUCAGGCUCGUUCUUACAUCUCCAGGGACUAGAACGGGGUGAGAUGUUUUUAUAAUAGUUAAUAUUUUUCAUGGUGUCGUCCUCAGCGUGGUUUGCAACCUGGUCAUAUUUUUUUCUUGUGUAACUUAAUGGAGGGCUUUUUUUGUAGUGUAGGUGGGUUUGGUGUUAUUCAGGGUGUGGGGAUGCAUGAAAGGCAGAGAGAAACCGAAGUUCUACACACAUCUGUGGGUUUGCACGUGUGCAUGCAUGAGUGACAGUCAUGGAUGGGGGCCCGCACUGCGUUUCUUAUUGACACCAACAGUAGGCACACAUACUGUAUUAGCUUCUGUAACUAAAUGAUUCAGCUGUUCUUCUCCCCACCAAUCACCCUACCCCUGCACAGCUCAGAGGACAGUGCCUUCAGUUUAGAUAUGCUGUUCACACUCCUGCUUUAAAAGGCUCAGCAGAGCCCAAAAUAGACAAGUGGCGCUGCCUUGAAAAGAGAGGAUGCAUGCAAAAAGGUUGAGGUUAGUUCAGCUUGUGUUCAUUGAAUCAAGGUGAAAGUAUUUUGGGUUGGUUUUUUUUCAUUAUUAGGAGGAAACUAGUUGCAGUUUUUGUUUUCAGGAGCAAAAAAGUGGUUAUUUUGGAGAAUUUAGAGAUUGAAGAAUAUUAAAUAAAAAUUGCUCUUUUAAUGGAUUUUAAUGCAAAAGAGACCUGACCUCAGCCUCCGUGAGUACAGCACAGAAACAAAGAGAAAUGCUCCAAAUGACAUUGUAACCACAUCUGGGACAUCAACCCUUCCCAAAUACAUACUUCAUUAACUGAUUCCCAAUUAUAAGCGUCAUACUGUAUGUACUAACAUUGAAAUGGACAUCAUGUAUAGUGUUUUUGCUCUUACUAAGUGACUCUGUUGCUAUUUAUUUAUAAAUGUAGAGUUUCCAUUCAGAUUUCUGUGUUGGAAGUGUAUAUUUUUGUGAUGUUGAAAUUAUUCAGAAUUAACAUUAAUCACAUGUUUGUUUCUUCUUGAUUUGUGGUGGUUCUCUGAUGCAGACUGUACACCAGGACCAACUGAAAUAUGUGUAUUUCUAGUCUUUCAUCUUAAAGGCUUUUUUUUUCUUGAUUUCUUUCUUCUAUAAAUGGAUCUAGCUUGUUUCAAAA